GGCCUGGGCAGCUGGGCACUGGGGCGCCGUUCCCCACCCGGCGCGGACUUCGGAACCGGCCCGGGGACUGACUGGCUCUGCCACUCGAGCGCGUCUCCGCUGGACCCGGAAUCCGGGUCGGUCCAUUCCCCGCGAAGAUGCGUGCCCUGGCGGCCCUGAACGCGCCCCCGAACGAGCGGCUGCUUCCCCGGGACCCCGCGGCUCCCCGGGACCCCGACGCCGCGCGGCCGGCGCGCAGGAGCGCAGUGGAGAGGCUGGCGGCGGAUCGCGCCAAGUAUGUGCGGAGUCGGCCGGGGACUGGCCGGGGCGUCGCUUCCGAGGGCAGCGGUCCGGGGGCGAUCAAGUGUCCGGGGAACGACCCUGGGCCCCCGGCCCGCACCCCGGCCCCGGUGGCGCGCAGGGCUAUUGCGCGGAAGCCAUUGAGACCGGACUCGCUGAUCAUCUACCGGCAGAAAUGCGAAUUCGUGCGAGGGCCGGGCGCCGACGGCCCCAGGGCGAGCCUGAUGAAGAAGCUCUUCCAGGGGCAGGGUAAGGACAAGGCGCCGGUGUCCCGGACGGGAGACGAGGGCAAGGCCGGGAACCCGGAGACCGUCGCGACCACGCCUGGCCCCGCAGCGGACCCCGCACCCCCUGAGACCCCAGCCCCAGCCGCGCGCUCCGCGGCGCCCUCCAGUGUCCCGGCCGCGCCCCCUGGCCCAGAGCCGCGGGUGGUGAGGCUUCGGGGGCUGCAGCGCUCACAGUCGGACCUCAGCUGCCGCUACUCCGCUGCCUUGGCCGAGUCUGACACCUUCUUCCAGUACUGCGGCCUGGACCCCGAGGUGGUGGAGGCCCUGGGGAGGGAGAACUUCACCGCGGAGUCGGACUGUGUGACCCUCAAGGUGCGCAGCGUGAGCGUCGCCACCUCCGGCAGCGGCUUCUCCCGGCACAGCGGCGGCGACGACGACGGGCUGCAGGAGGAGGAGCUGAUGGAGCAGGUGCCCAGCACCACUUCGGUCAUCGAGAGGAACGCCCGCAUCAUCAAGUGGCUGUACACCUGUAAGAAGGCCAAGGAGACCCCCAGCCAGGAGCAGAGCCGGACCCGAGGAAGCAAACCUUCCCGAUGAUGAAGACUUCUUGAAGGAUUUCAUGGGUGACUUGGGAUCCCAGGACCAUUUGGCCAGUGUGCCUAGGUGACCACAUGAUUGCUGUUUUACCAGGAAUACAGCAUCCCAUUGACAAAGCUUAAGUGCUCUGAGAAGAUUUAAAAUACUACAGAGAAUAUGGGAACACAGACCUUGAAAUUUAGCUGAGUUGUAACAGCUGAAGCUCUAAGAGGCAUUUUCCUUGUUAGAGGUGAAACUACUGUCACUUCCAGAGGGCGCUGGAAACCGUAAAGCUGUUUGGAAAUCUUUUUGACUGACUUGCUGACAAAGAGGUACUGUGAUGCAUUUUAACAAUAUCUAAGUUGAUUUUUUUUUUAAAUCAAGGGAAAUAAAAACCAAGCAUGAA